AUGCCUGCGGGGAACGAUCGCAUGGAGCGUGUCCGCGCAGAUCUCCUUCGCCGAGCCCAAGCCCGCGAAGAUAUGGCAUCGACUCGCCAACAGCAAGAUGCUUCCUAUUCCUUUGCAAUGGGUGCUGCUGUGCCCGCCCCUCUAUCUCUGCCUGGAAGCCGAUCCGCAUCUCCUCGCCCCUCUACGUCUUCAUUGCCUGACGCUAUUGCAAACUAUCGGCAAGACAAGCCUCCCCCUCGCUUCCCAGCACCUCAUCCCGACUUUGCUGUCCAUGGCCGCACUUUAACACAACAGCGAAGCUUGGAUAUUGUUCGCGUCGGUGGCUCUGGUAACCCCGGUAGUUCAGCUAACAGAAGCGGCUCUGUGCCCCCAGAUGCUGGUCGUGGCAGAAGCAGCUUCAGCUCUGAGAAUCCUGGCCGCAGAGGUGUAAAAGUACCCUUUGCCCUUAGUCGCGAUGGACAAACUCCUCGUCGACAAGGUCGCCUGCCUCACGCUCGAGAGGCUCCCGCUGUUCGCCCCAUCUACGAGCGCAAUAUUCCAAUCCGCCAAGUCCGCCUGCCCGAUCCCCCAACUAGGGCCUUUGUGAGAUCGAAACUGAGAGAUGUAGAGCUGGGCGACACAGACAACUACCUUUCUGAGAAGGGCAAUGCUACUACGUCGUCAAAGCCUCGCAAGUUGCUCUUUUGCAUCCCGCGGCCUGAGUCACGAAAGGUCCGAACUGCAUUGCUGCAAUCAAUUGUGUCGUUCAUUUUCCUCAUCGGUCUUCUUGGUGUUUACGCUGGUGUCACCGCAGGUGGCCAAUCUGGAAGCGCACUUCCCAUACUUUUACUCGUCAUCAUGCUGUUCUCCGCCGCUUUCUUCUGUUACAGCUUCACCCGUAUGUGCCUGGCUGUCCGCAGCCACCGCCGGGAAAUGGCCAACAGCAGCAACAGCAGCGGCACGCAUGCUACUCGUCACCUCCAUCGAGCAUCACCUGUCAUCUCCUCAGCAGGGAGCUCUCCGAAAGUGGGCGCUGGCCCCUAUGCUUACCCUCACCGUCCGAUCAAGGUCACGAUGCGCUCGGAUGAGGAAGCUCUCGGAUCGAAGGUAAUGGCUGGCCGAACUAAGGCUACACCUCCUGCUUAUGGGUUGUGGAAAGAGAGCGUCCGGCUGGACCCGACCCGACUGUACUGGCAACGACAGGACGAAAAGAAGGGCUACAAGGGCGACUUUGAAAGCCACACACCGAGUAAUGAUAAUGCACCAGGCGAUGCGAACCGCACUGACGGCAAUGAGAAGCGCCGUCCGCCUUCGUACGCCAGCGACGAUGGAGUUUCUUGGGUGGUUGAUGGGACCCCUCGUUCAACGAGGGUGUAG